AUGAAGAAGGAGCAUUCUUGCAGAAUAGGGUACAUCGUCCACGAGGCCGAUAGAGAGAGCUCGGGGGUUCGAUCGCCGAAGGGGAAAUUUGUCAAAAACGGACGCCGGCAGUUACUGUUCAAAACAGAAGCGAAUCGCAUCUCUACAUGCAAUGGCUUCAAUUUGCUCGGGUUCAGAGGCAUUGACGAACUUGGCAAAUCCCCCAACACAAUAGCCCUGAUCGUUGCGAAUAAUGCCAGCGAUAGCACCAGUAGAGUCUCCAGGAAAAAGGGAUCCAUCAACAUUUAUUUUCAGAGUACCUACUGGGGAAGGUGUCCACCGAAGAGAUGUUGUGCUGAUGACGCGCCCAGGACCGGGACGUUGCCGCUGGAAUAUGAAGCUGUUACGGGCCUUCCAGAGUUGCCACAAAGUCUGAGCCACCAUUGGCGUGGACGGGCCUUGAUGAUGGAGGUCAGCUUUCCAGCAUUGAACAUAGCAAGAAUAAGUGCUCAAGGGUUUUCGGUUGGCAUAGGCAAAGAGAGCAUCGUGGGUCAGGUAAAAUAUUGCGCUUGCAUAAAUUAACUGCAGUAGGCAACGCGUCUUGACAGAUGCACCAUAAGAAAUGUUUGAUUUUGAG